GCAGUAACUGUACCUAAUUGUAACCGGAGAAAAACAGAUUAGGCACCGAGUCCUCUCUCUGUGGUGGUCGUGACCACGCUUCUUCUUCAAGUCGAAGCGCGUGAAAAAGGAUUCCAGAUCUGGAUCUCGAACGCCAUGGCGUUUUGGAGAUCUCUCGCCUUCUCUGCGGUUCUUCUGCUUCUGAUCCACGCCUCUCACUGCUUCUACCUCCCUGGCGUCGCACCACAGGACUUCCAGAAGGGAGAUCAAUUGCAAGUGAAAGUAAAUAAAUUAACGUCAACAAAGACCCAGCUUCCAUAUUCAUAUUAUUCACUUCCUUAUUGCGCCCCAGAAAAAAUACAGGACAGUGCAGAAAAUCUUGGAGAAGUGCUUCGUGGUGACCGCAUUGAAAAUUCUCUUUAUGCGUUUAAAAUGCGUGAGCCACAAAUGUGCAAUAUUGUGUGUAAUGUUAAACUUGAUGCCAAAACUGCCAAGGAGUUCAAAGAAAAGAUCAGUGACGAGUAUAGGGUGAACAUGAUUCUUGAUAACCUUCCCCUAGUUGUUCCCUUGAAACGAAAUGAUCAGGAUUCUACUGUUUAUCAGCUUGGUUUCCAUGUUGGACUCAAAGGGCAGUACAGUGGGAGCAAGGAGGAGAAGUAUUUUAUUCACAACCAUUUGGCAUUUACUGUCAAGUACCACAAAGACGUCCUAACUGAAUCUGCUAGAAUAGUGGGCUUUGAGGUUAAGCCAUUCAGUGCUAAACAUGAAUACGAAGGUAAAUGGGAAGGAAAAACAACUCGUUUAACAACCUGUGACCCUCAUGCUAAAAGCACAGUUGUCAACUCCAACUCUCCCCAAGAGGUUGAAGAGGGCAAAGAAAUUAUCUUCACCUAUGAUGUUGAAUUCCAGGAGAGUGAUGUGAAGUGGGCAUCAAGAUGGGAUGCCUAUUUGCUAAUGAAUGAUGAUCAAAUCCACUGGUUCUCAAUUGUUAACUCAUUAAUGAUUGUUCUCUUCCUUUCGGGCAUGGUGGCAAUGAUAAUGCUGCGUACACUAUACCGUGACAUUGCAAAAUAUAACGAGCUUGAGACCCAAGAAGAAGCCCAGGAGGAGACUGGUUGGAAGCUUGUCCAUGGUGAUGUGUUUAGGCCCCCUACUAACUCAGAUUUGCUGUGUGUUUAUGUUGGAACUGGUGUUCAGUUUUUUGGCAUGAUGCUGGUAACUAUGUUGUUUGCUGUCCUUGGAUUUCUUUCACCUUCAAACCGAGGUGGGCUGAUGACAGCCAUGCUCUUGCUUUGGGUUUUCAUGGGAAUAUUUGCCGGUUACUCAUCAACUCGUUUGUACAAAAUGUUCAAAGGAUCGGAGUGGAAAAAAGUUGCCCUCAGAACUGCAACCAUGUUCCCUGCCAUUGUCUCUGCCAUUUUCUUUGUUUUAAAUGCUCUCAUAUGGGGCCAAAAAUCAUCUGGAGCUGUGCCAUUUGGUACAAUGUUUGCUCUGAUCUUUUUAUGGUUUGGGAUCUCGGUUCCACUUGUUUUUGUGGGUAGCUAUGUCGGAUUCAAGAAGCCUGCGAUUGAGAAUCCUGUGAAAACGAACAAGAUCCCUAGGCAGAUCCCUGAGCAGGCUUGGUACAUGAACCCAGUUUUCUCAGUUUUGAUUGGUGGAAUACUCCCGUUUGGAGCUGUUUUCAUUGAGCUUUUCUUCAUCCUCACAUCAAUCUGGUUGAAUCAGUUUUACUAUAUCUUUGGAUUCCUCUUUUUGGUCUUCAUCAUCCUCAUCGUGACUUGUGCGGAAAUAACCAUCGUGCUCUGCUACUUCCAGUUGUGUAGUGAGGAUUACUUGUGGUGGUGGCGGUCAUAUCUUACCUCUGGUUCCUCUGCUCUUUACCUCUUUCUUUACGCAACUUUCUACUUCUUCACCAAGCUUGAAAUCACAAAGUUGGUAUCUGCGAUAUUUUACUUUGGGUACAUGCUCAUAGCUUCUUAUGCAUUUUUUGUGGUGACCGGUACAAUCGGAUUUUAUGCAUGCUUUUGGUUCACUAGGCUCAUCUACUCCUCCGUCAAAAUUGAUUAGAUAUAGCAGUCAGCGGUUUGGACCAAUCUACAUACUUCUUAAAGAAUGAAGAAAGUUUGUGUAAGGAUUUUGAUAUUCAGAUGAUACUAGCAUGUUCAGAUGUAACCUAUUUUAUAUACAAUUUUGAACUGUGUCGACGGUGAUUUUUUUGUUUCAGUAUAUUUUAAUUGCCUUUGUCAAAUUAGGAUUCUCGUUUGAAUACAGAAGGUUUUAGUUUGGUUAGACCGUCUUGUCAGUCUUAUGUGGCAGAUGUUAUUAUAUUACUAUAGCAGUUAUCACAA